AAAAGAAUCGGGAGAGAGAGGGAAAAAAGUCACACGCAGUGCGUGAGAGAUCGGGAAGUUUGUAGAUUUUAGACCAUAAAGUCUGUUAUAUUCCCUUUAAGUUUAUAUUUAGUGUGUUUAGCUGUGCACACACGUUGCUAAAAAGAAACGGAAAGAAGAUCUGAUUUGUGCAGUAACGUUAAGUGAGAAACAGUUUAAGUUGUCCUUUGCAUAUGGAAAGUUCUUCACAGGACUUUAAUCACUAAAAUUAGUUCGAAACCCUUACGAACUGAAAACUGACGUGAAGAACGAACUUGCUGGAAGCAUCACGGUGAAAGGAAGCACACCUUUUGUCAUCUGAUAAGUAAGGACUGAAAUGCCGUCAGCAUGGCCUGUGCAAACCAGUCUGCAAUUCAAUACAUCAAAAUUUACAGAGUAAAGCUGGUGACGAAAAUGAGAAACCUUCCUCUGAUCGUUGAGAAUCUUUAUCAGCAAAAUGUUUUCAGUGAACAUGAAGUUGAUGCUCUUAAAGCAGAGAGGACAGAGUUUGAUAAAGCAAGAAGUAUAUUGGACUGGGUUGUUAACAAAGGGGAAGAAGCAAGUUAUCAAUUACUCAGCAUUCUGGAUGUCACUCAGAAGAGGACUUUAUCUUCUGAUUUACACCACUGGAUCAGCUGUUUUCCCUUUAGAGUGGAAGAUGGAGAGACCAGCUAUACAUUUGGUACAAAGCCCUGUCAGAACUACCAAACACGGCUCAGAGAGAAAGCAAAAAAUAUCCUGAAAGACCAAAGAAAAGGUUGCCGCAAAUAUCUGGAAAAAGAACAAGUGAACUUCCAGUUUAUACCUCUUGUUCUAGAAACGGACUGUGUGGCACAAACUCCACAAAACAAAAUAAAAUGUAAAAACAAGAAAGGCAAAAAACUGCGAAACAAAAAGCUGAGAGCUUACAUUCCUAAAGAGAAGCAUUCACCAUCACCUCUGGAUCUUCUGAAAGGUCAAGAAAAGAAAAUCCUCCUUGUAGGCAAACCAGGGAUAGGAAAGACCACAGUUGUCCAGGAAAUGUUGCGUCUGUGGGCAGAGAAGAGUGACAAAGGUCUGGACUACAUGUUUUACUUUGGUGAAAAUUCUUUGGCCCACAGUUCUAACAUUGGCAGUUUGGAAUCAGUUUUAUUUGAUGUGUAUUUGAAGCCCAUAGAAAAAGAUAGAAAGGAAGUGUUUGAAGAUAUCGAGGAAAACUCUGAGAAUGUUGUCAUUGUAUUCGAUGGUGUGACAGAAUUGAAUGAAAAUUCCAUCUUAUGGAAGAUCAUGCAGCAAGAGCUCCUGCCCGAUGCUAAGAUUGUGAUCACUUGCAGAUCAGAGGUGGAAGAUGAUCCCCUUUUCUCAAAUUGGCCAACUCAGAAAGUGUAUGUCCAAGGAUUCAGUAAAGAAUCAAUCAGAAUUUACUACAAGAAUAGGUUGGGUCAUGAUCCAGUUCUUCUAGAUCUAGUUUUAAAGAAUCAAGAGCUCUUCAGUCUUAGCCACGUUCCAGUAUACGCAUUUAUGAUUGUCGACUUGAUUCAGUUUAAAACUGACCGAGUUUUUCACCAUUCACACACAGUCACAGAGAUGUACAUUCACAUUUUACGUGUUGCUGUGAAGAAACAUGGAAAGAAAAAUAUUCAGCAAAUUGAUGGCUACCUGAAAGAGAUUAAAGAUCAGAUUUGUCUCUUGAUGAAAAAUGCAUUCAGUGCUACUAUGCAGAGGAGCCUAAACCUUCAAGAUAUUUCCAGUGAUGAGACGGACAUUUGUCAUGCUUUUCUGAAAAUGAUCACAGUAAAAGAUUCACCAACAUCUGCAGUGACAUACUGUGCAUUUCUCCACAACACAAUGCAGGAGUUCUUCUCAGCUUUGUGUCUUCUUGGAAAUCCAGAAAAGAUUGAGGAUGUCCUACAGCACAGUCAGACAAAGGAGUACAAACACAUGAGACACGUGCUCCCUUUCUUAUGUGGACUUCUGAGCGAACACAACACCAGACUACUCAAGAGUCUCUUCCCAGAGGAUCAGAUGAAGGAAACGCGAGACUGGUUCAUUGAGAAGUUUCUGAACAGUUUCCUCCAGCCUCAGAGUGACAGUGAACAGUUUGAUCUUCUCUAUGUGUGUCAGUGCUUGUAUGAGCUCCAGUCUCCUGAAGCUUGUUUAAUGUUCCUGGAGAAGAUGAACCAUCAGAUUGAACUUGAGGUGGAUCUUGAUCCUCAUCAGCGUUGUGCUUUGGCUUAUGUGAUUAAUCAAUCAGGAGAAAAGGUUUAUCUGAAUCUGGGGGACUGUGACAUGAUGGACACGGGAAUGGACAUGAUGCUCAGCUGCUCACCAAACGUCAGGUUAAAGCUUCAUAAAGAACCCCUGAAGCAAAUCGCAAGCCUUCUAGAAUUCUUCCAUAAAGCAUCUCAAUGCCAUUGCAACUUUGCUGAUGUGGGAAACAAAAACAACCAAGACACAUGCAAGGCACUGCUGGAUCUUUACUCACAUGUGAAGAACUAUGAGACUCAAACAGGCAGGAGUUUCAUUCCAGCAUUACAGUCAGUUUUCCAGAUUCCUGAUGUCUGGAUCAUAGAUCUCUCACAGAGAAAGACCUCUGUCCUCCUGGAAGUGCUAAAACUGCAAGCAGAGAAGAAACCAGUAGAGCUGAGAGGAUGUUCAAAGGAAGAGAGUGAAGUGAAGAGUUUCCUCCAGUGUCUGCCCUACAUCUCACAGCUCAGGUUUUUCUACGAGGGUGAUGAAGAAAAAUUGUUCCUGAUAAAUCUCAUAGAUGCUGCAGUAAAAAAUGACACAGAUACAGAACCAAGUUUGUUAAAUCCACUGUUAUCUGUGUGCAGUUAUAAAACUUUCCACUUUAAAGAUAAGUGGAAUGAUUAUAGUUUGAAACUUGAUCAGUGUAAUUACCUGCUGGAUCUUUACUCACAUGUGAUGAACUAUGAGACUCAAACAGGCAGGAGUUUCCCUCCAGCAUUACAGUCAGUUUUCCAGACUCCUGAUGUGUGGAUCAUAGAUCUCUCAAAGAGAAAGACCUCUGUCCUCCUGGAAGUGCUAAAACUCCAAACAGAGAAGAAACCAGUAGAGCUGAGAGGAUGUUCAAAGGAAGAGAGUGAAGUGAAGAGUUUCUUCCAGUGUCUGCCCUUCAUCUCACAGCUCAGGUUUUUCUACGAGGGUGAUGAAGAAAAAUUGUUCCUGAUAAAUCUCAUAGAUGCUGCAGUAAAAAAUUACACAGAUACAGAACCAAGUUUCUUAAAUCCACUGUUAUCUGUGUGCAGUUAUAAAACUUCAGAAUUUAAUAAAGAGUUGGGUGAUUAUUUUUUGAAACAAAAACAGGCCCAUAUCCUGCUUGAUCUUUAUCCACAUGUGAUGAACUAUGAGACUCAAACAGGCAGGAAUUUCCCUCCAGCAUUACAAUCAGUUUUCCAGAUUCCUGAUGUCUGGUAUAUAGAUCUCUCAAAGAGAAAAAGCUCUGUCCUCCUGGAAGUGCUAAAACUCCAAACAGAGAAGAAACCAGUAGAACUGCUAGAAUGUUCAGAGGAAGAGAGUGAAGUGAAGAGUUUCCUCCAGUGUCUGCCCUUCAUCUCACAGCUCAGGUUUUACGAUCGGACUAGGAGUGCAGUGCAGAUUGUUUUAAAACUCAUCAUUGAAGCUGCAGAAAUUGAGACACAGACAGGAGAUAAGAUGCUGAAACAGUUAUCAUCAGUCUGCACACACAGCUUCUUUCCUCUUAGUUGGACUGCAACAUUUUUUCAGAGUGAUUUCCUGCUGGAUCUUUACUCACAUGUGAAGAAUUAUGAGACUCAAUCAGGCAGGAGUUUCAUUCCAGCAUUACAGUCAGUUUUCCAGAUUCCUGAUGUCUGGGUCAUAGAUCUCUCACAGAGAAAGACCUCUGACCUCCUGGAAGUGCUGAAACUCCAAGCAGAGAAGAAACCAGUAGAGCUGAGAGGAUGUUCAAAGGAAGAGAGUGAAAUGAGGGAUUUUCUUCAGUGUCUGCCCUUCAUCUCACAGCUCGGGUUUGACUAUUGGACUAGGAGUGCAGUGCAGACUGUUUUAAAACUCUUCAUUGAAGCUGCAGAGAUUGAGACACAGACAGGAGAGAAGAUGCUGAAACUGUUAUCAUCAGUCUGCACAUACAACUAUUUUCCUUAUAGAUGGACUGACAGAAUUAAACAGAGUGAUUUCCUGCUGGAUCUUUACUCACAUGUGAAGAAUUAUGAGACUCAAACAGGCAGGAGUUUCAUUCCAGCAUUACAGUCAGUUUUCCAGAUUCCUGAUGUCUGGAUCAUAGAUCUCUCACAGAGAAAGACCUCUGACCUCCUGGAAGUGCUGAAACUCCAAGCAGAGAAGAAACCAGUAGAGCUGGGAGGAUGUUCAGAGGAAGAGAGUGAAAUGAGGGAUUUUCUUCAGUGUCUGCCCUACAUCUCACAGCUCGGGUUUCAAUUUUGGAGUAGUAAAGUGCAGACUGUUUUAAAACUCUUCAUUGAAGCUGCAGAGAUUGAGACACAGACAGGAGAGAAGAUGCUGAAACAUUUAUCAUCAGUCUGCACAUACAACUUUUUUCCUGAUACAUGGACUGAAGAAAUUAAACAGAGUGAUUUCCUGCUGGAUCUUUACUCACAUGUGAAGAAUUAUGAGACUCAAACAGGCAGGAGUUUCAUUCCAGCAUUACAGUCAGUUUUCCAGACUCCUGAUGUGUGGACCAUAGAUCUCUCACAGAGAAAGACCUCUGUCCUCCUGGAAGUGCUGAAACUCCAAGCAGAGAAGAAACCAGUAAAGCUGAGAAGAUGUUCAGAAGAAGAGAGUGAAAUGAGGGGUUUUCUUCAGUGUCUGCCCUACAUCUCACAGCUCAGGUUUGACUAUUGGACUAGGAGUGCAGUGCAGACUGUUUUAAAACUCUUCAUUGAAGCUGCAGAGAUUGAGACACAGACAGGAGAGAAGAUGCUGAAACUGUUAUCAUCAGUCUGCACAUACAGCUUCUUUCCUUAUGGAUGGACUGAAAAAAAUUUUCAGAGUAAUUUCCUGCUGGAUCUUUACUCACAUGUGAAGAAUUAUGAGACUCAAACAGGCAGGAGUUUCAUUCCAGCAUUACAGUCAGUUUUCCAGAUUCCUGAUGUCUGGAUCAUAGAUCUCUCACAGAGAAAGACCUCUGUCCUCCUGGAAGUGCUGAAACUCCAAGCAGAGAAGAAACCAGUAGAGCUGAGAGGAUGUUCAGAGGAAGAGAGUGAAGUGAAGAGUUUUCUUCAGUGUCUGCCCUACAUCUCACAGCUCAGCUGUGCUAAACCUCUGCUGCUUCAGUUUCUGACUCAUGUGAGGCGCGAGCAGGCAGAGUCUCUUUCUGCAGCUCUGGGUGAAGAGCUGGACCUCAGUCAGACUCCACUGGACCUGCAGGCCUGUAGAGGUUUGGCGCUGAUUCUGGAAUAUUCUGAAGGACUGACUGAACUGGAUCUGAAUCAGUGUCAUCUCACCGAUUACAGCCUGGAUCUGCUGCUCCCAAACCUCCACAAAGCACAAAACAUCAACUUCCGUUGGAAUUACAUCACUGAUGUUGGGGCUCAGAAAAUCUACAGUGUCUUCUCUCACAACAGUAACAUAUAGACAAUGAGGCUGUAGGUUUGUCACCAAGGUAAAUAACAAUAUGGAAAAAUCACUCCUUGAAGAACCACUCGUCAGAGUCCCAAAGAUGAAUCUAGUCAUCAGACCAUAAACCACAUUCAUCUUUUAUCAUCACCUUAAGAAAUGAUCAACAAUGGGUUCAAAUAAUACAGCGUUAUAUUAUUUGACAAAUAGGGUAAUUAUAGUUUGAUUUUAGUUUAGUUUAAUUUAUUUUAGUUUUAUUUAUUUAGUUUUAAUUUUAAUCUUAUAUAAACUUAUAUUCUGUUAGGUUUACAAUUAUUAUUAUUAGUGUAGUUCAUUCUGUGUGCUGUCUGCUCUGACUGGUAUGUUUAGAUUUAGACAGUUUUCAGACAAUAAGCGUAAAUAUUUAACAGGUUGAAGAUUUCAGCUCAGACAGCUAAAGUAAACAGCUUUAAGCCUUUAAAAGAGCUGAUUUAAGUACUUUAUUUCAAGUUAAAAUGCCGUUACACUUCACUAGAUGUGGAUCCUGACUGAACUACAUUCAUGUGAUGCUUACAAAUGCCAACAGUAUUAGAUGUAAUCCGUUUUGAGGUGAUGUGAACCCGACACAUCAACAAUGACCUCAUUUACAUGCACAUUCAUUUCUGAUUAAGAUUCAUAAUUUCUUUAUUUUGAUCAAACUGAUGUGAUAAUGGAUGUUUCUCAAAAACUAUUGAAAUAUUCACAUUUUACUGCCUGAGCUCUAGAAUGCUGACAGAAUACAAGAGACGGAAUAAUACUCAGAAAAUCACUUUUAUCUCAUUAAUGUGACUGAAAUGUCAGUUACUGUAGGAAAAACUUCUGUUUUUAUCACCUCAUGAUAUUUUCCUUAUAUUGUUGCUUGGUUCUGUCUUUUGGAACUUUUUACUUAACAGUGUUUUUGAUUUUUUUUUUUAAGAUACACAUUAUAAGGAAGAAAAGGAUACUAGCAAUGUGUCGCCAGAGAGUUUUAAACAAAGGUACUGAGGGGAUGCAAUAUAUUGCAAUAUAUUACUGAGAUUGACGGUACUAAUAAACAUUAGCAAACGAGAAUAGAACAACUGCAUAAAUAGUAAAUUACAUUAAAAAUUAACCCCCCCAAAAAAAGAAAGACACUUAGCAAAUUACAAUUUUGAGACCAGGCAUGAUCAAACUGUCUAUAUUUGAUAUCGAAUUGGACAUUUUGAUUGACUCAUUUUUAUUCACUGAUUAACGAAGCAUCUCCUAGAUGUAAUUACUGCCAGGCUGCUCUCACCAUUAGACAACAUUUUUUAUAAGGAGAGUACUUUGAAGGACAUUUUUAAAAAGGAACCACCAGCAAAAAUUGUAAAUUAUUUAUCACAAAUUUAAUUUCAUUAAAUUUCAUUUAUGUAAUCAACAGCAAGCAAGUUGCUGUUCUUAUGUUGUGUUGUUUAUUGUUACACUUGCAUUGUGUGCUUCGCUUGAUGUUUAAUUAAAAUAAAAAGGGAAACUUGA